AUGGAGCAGGGCGAAGAAGAUGAAGUGGUGCGGGGGCAGAGGUGGUAUGAGGGUCUGUUAGGGCAUCCCAUCGUGAGCCGUCACCAGUUCUACCCACGCAGGGACGACGAGCCGCUGCCGCCACAUUUUGCCUUGGCUGUACCGACCACCUACAGCCUGGCGGGGGCACCGGUGCCCCACGACUCGAAGGAGAAGGGCGAGGAGCCAACGCUACCGUCCCUGUCGUGCUAUUACUACAGAAGCCCCAACAAGCACCCAAACAAGAAGACGGUGGUGCACUUCCACGGCAACGGCGAGCUGGUGUCCUCCUACGUUCGGGCGCCGGCAGUGGAGGGCAUCCCUUCCCUGUAUGGUUGCCUACGCGAGAUGGGAGUGGACGUGCUGUUUGUCGAGUACAGGGGCUACGGGUCGUCCGGCGGUGAGGUGCACAUGGUCGCAAUGCUCGAUGACGUGUCGGCCGUGCUCAACACACUCGCGGUUCCUGCGGGCGAUGUCGUCGUGUUCGGGCGGUCCAUGGGCUCGGUAUUCACGAUCGAAGCGACUGCCCGCUUUCCCGACCUGUGCGGCAUCAUCGUCGAAAGCGGCCUGAGCGAUCUGUACCCGUUCAUGGUGCGGCACAUGACACCUGCCGACCUACUCGGCCUCGAGGAGGAGAAGCAUGACGUGGUGCGUGCGUCCCUGCGCACUGCAUGCGACCGAGUCCUCGCGCUGGAUCGCAAGUGGCAGCCCUAUCGGGGCAAUGUGCUGCUGUUGCACUGCGAAGAUGACCAGGCGCUGCCGCCCAGCGAGGCCAACACCAACUACGAGCGAGCGUGGGCGUGCUGGCGAGAAGAAGGCCAACCCGUGGCGACCGCCCCGCCAGACGACGCCCUGCAGCAAGUGGCGGAGAGACACGGCACGCACGAGCCGGAGGCCCGGGUGAGCGACGAGGUGACCGAGGCAGUCGUGGUGGCCGACGACGCCGCCGAUGGCGGCCAGCGGCGGGUCAUGAAGCGUAAGGUGCUGUUCUGCGCCGGCGGCCAUCAGUACAUUUGGCCCAUGAACUGGCCCCGCUACCGAGACGAGGUGGCGCGCUUCCUCGGCCACUGUGGGCAUCAAGUGGCCGACGACUUCGAUGCAACGGCCACCGCUCCGCCCCGGAAACCUCUGGACAGCCAUGCCCGGGCGACCCACAAGAAGAACGGUUGUCUGCUGGCGUGA